GACUUUUAGUCCAGCCCAGCUUGUUAGCGUGACCCUCACGGGAAGGCUGUUGGGUAUAUAACUAGUUGAUGGAGAAAUAGAAAAUUAGAUUAGAGCAAAUAGUUUAUGUUUUUAAAGGCAAACAGGAACAUUACUUUGGAAUCCCUGAUUGAACAGCAAUGAUGAGAAUACCAUUCAUCACUGGGAUCUUCUGCCUAAUCACUAAUGCCUCAGGCCUAAAGGUAACCCAGCCAGACAUAAUUGUGGCCAACAGGCAUGGAAAGGCCAUGCUGGUCUGUGACUACAGGAUACAUGCCAAAGUUGAAGAGAUGCGUUUUAGGCUUUUAAGGAAAAUGGGUAACCAAGUAAAAGAGAUUUGUGCUUUCAGCUACUCUACAAACUAUGAAUCAGUUACCACCGGUGACGCCAUACAAUGUGAAGGGGAGCCUGGUCCCAACAAUGUGACUUUGCAUUUAUCAGGGAUGCAGAUGUCUGACACAGGAAUGUACAUCUGCAAACUGGACAUCAUGUAUCCACCUCCCUAUAGGACAACUGAGGGGAAUGGUACUCUUAUAUAUGUCAGCGAUCUUAUGUCUGAAUGUGCACAAUCAAUUGAGCCACCUGAAUUCAUUCUUGAUCAAAGGAUUCUUCUAGUUGUCUGCCUUGUAAUGUUUUUGUACUCCAUGUUUAUUACUGCUGUCCUGUUGUGUGGGAAGCAACGGAAGAAAUUCACUGUUGGAAAUUAUGAGAAGAUGUUGGAGUCAGAUCAAGGGAAUGGCUUUUCACCCUAUUAUAUCCGUGUCAACUGAACAUUACAGUUUCGUCCACUUUUUCAAGAAUGAGUAUAAUGCACCCUUUCAAAUUCAGCCAUAUGAUGAGGCAUAGCAGCCAGAUAUAUCUCUGUACUACUAGAGUAUUAAAUGAAUGUCAUAUAAAUUAGACACUCACCAUUGCUAAAGUGACAAUACCUCAAAGAGCUCAUUAAGCAGCAUUAGAAUAUAUUUUUUAAGCUGAAUGAUAGAUGUGAUUCUGUGGAGCAUAAAUAAUUUAGUUCAGGGCUUUUUUUAGUGGAGCACAAUGUGGGAAUAUCUGUGCCCCCAGUCUUACAGUAGGCUCAUUUAUCUAAUAAAUGUUAUUGAAUUUCAACUCAGGUCACCAAUAUCCUAAGUAUAUAGAAGAGCUGCAGUUCAACGCAGCUUUAUGGUCUCUGGUUAGACAUUACUAACUUAUGCUUUGUUUUCUCAAGGUGGAUUCUUCAACCUUCCUUCUUUGCCCUUGGCCCUUUAUUACCUAUCCCAGAUUCAAAGAAAUAAAUACCCAGGAAUUCAGUGUUGCCAGUUUGUCCCUUCCCAUGAAACAUCUCUAAGGCCAAGGCUACAGUGGUGAAUAAUCCAUAAACAUGAGCAUAACCACAUAUUAAUUAGACUUUUUAGUUUUUAAGGUUAAGUACAGUUGUCAACUUGCUUGGCUAAGUCAAGAGAUAAUAAAAACCAUAGUUAUUUCAUUAUAAAUGAAUGAAGGCAAAAAGUAUGUUCAGUACAAACCCUGUUCAUUAAGCUCAUGUUAUAAAUGGAAUAUACUGCUCUCUUAAGUUCUGAUGCAUAUAGUCUUUCUGCAUUAAUGAUAUUUCAAUUUGCAGCAAAUCUGAUUUUACAUUGUGUAGGUAAGGAAAAAGGGCAACCCUGUCUAAGACCUAGGUUUAACAGUGAAUAUUAGUUUUCUUUACAUAAUCAAAAUAAUGCCCAUGGUGAGUUGAAUUUUACCUUACCACAGAUACCUAACACUGAAAAAUACAUUGUAUUAGCACUUCCUUGGCAGACAGGCAAUAAAAGAAUACUAGAACAUUUUGAUUACUUAGCUCCUACCAGUGGGUGGAUCUCUCCAUUGUAGCUGUUCUACUACCCAUUCAUUUCAAUUCCUACAAGCAGUGUUUGACCGGGAUGCCUAAAACCACAGGGACCACAGGCCCACUUUCCACACAGGUUUCCCACCUUUCUUUACUUAGCUUUUUUUCUAGUCUCUUUGCUUAGGGUAUACAUCCAUGGAAUUAAGUAUGGGAUAAUGUAAUAAAGUUGUGAACUUUGCACUUGGCCUAGUAACCCUCGGAAACCAGUUAAAUGUUUGCUUUCAAGCAGAAACAGGUGUUAAAUGCUAGGAGCCAGCUGGAAUAUAUAUAUAUAAUAUAUAAUAUAAACUAUUGAAGUCUGUUACAUUGCCCCAUAAAACCCUUGCAGUAUUUUGAGCGAUGUUCUAAGGCCCCAUGGCUGUUGUGGCAAAAAACUGUUGCCUGUAAUGGGUUGUCAUGAUCAGAUGUAUACUAAGGAAAUUAAUGUCUACUCUUUUAUUACAUGUAUCACAGUUUUAGCAUCAUUUAGCUUGAGUUUUCUAUAAUCUCAACAUUGCUUGCUAUUGUUACAUAAAGCACGAUGUGUUGUUACAUUUUAAUGUGUUGUUACAUUUGCAUUAUUUCAGUUUUGUAAACUAUCAGCUAACAUGUUAAUGUGUUUUCUAUGCACAGAAUAGAUUUUUGGAUUAAAACUUAAAGGCCCCCAAGGGGUCUCUAUUUCUGGCACCUAAGUAAUUUAGUUUGGAACUGAGUAAACAGACCCACGGGGAUCUGCUUCAUUGCAUGUCCAGUUUUCUGGUACAAUGAUUUUUCCAUAAAUUUCGGGGCAACCUUUCCUAAUCCAUCUAAACCCCUAGUUUGUUCAGCUCCAGCUGAGCUCUUUUAUUUAGUGUGUCAUAUUGGUGUGUCAGUGAAGGAGUUUUUGCAGUUGCAUAGAUUUGCAUUUUGCAAGUGCGUGCAAGACUUAUACAGUAAGGAAGAAACACAGGCAUAGCCCCUAUAACUGUAUGCUGCACUAUGAAUCAUCACCUUUACCACCAACAACAGUAACGUCUUUGAGUACUCAUAUGUUUGCACUGUGUUUUAUGUUUUCUAUGAAAAUGCACUGACAGUACAGACAUGUUUAUUGACUGCAUGUACACUCUUCUUGACUCCUCACCAAAACAAUAAAUACAAAUAAAGUGA